GUCUACUUUAACUUCUUUCAUACACAAUCUCAAUAUCUUAAUCUCUUAUCAUCCUAGCUUGAAAACUAAUUGCUCUCUAAUCUGCCAUAGAGUUUGCUUCCAAAUUGUUCUCCAGAUAAAAAACCAAGAAGAAAACUAAAAAAAAACCUGAAAGAAAAAUCAUUUACCAACUUAUAAAUCCGAAUUCUUUUUCCUAAUUAAACUGACAGAGUUUAUGAGGGUUUGUAAAAAACGGAUACCUCGUAAUUAAUAUUUUGAAAAAAAUAUAAUGAACAAAUGCACGAUGAAGGACGAAGAGGCGGAUCUGGGUCAACCGGCUUUGACCGUCGAAACGACAGUACAGAAGGUUGGAAGCGUAAUUUAGCAGCACUGCCAGGCGGCCCCACCUCACUCUUACAGUUACAGAGAUAGCCCGCACUCGCCCUUUUUCUCCUUCGUCUUCCCUCUCGCCCAAGGAGAGAAAUCAAAGGAUUUCGAAAAAAAGAAAAUAACGCUGAAACGGUUCGCCGGAACGCUGCCGGAGGAACCAGAAAGAGGAAGGAAUCGAAGAUUCCGUGAUUUCAGUCUGUUAGGAGAAUGAGGACGAGAAGAGGCGUUUGUUACCCGAGGAUGGACUUUUGUGGGGUGGACAAGAGAGCUGUGAAAAGAGCGAAACGCGAUUUCGCAGCCUCCACCGCCUCCGCCGAGAGUCUUGCCGGAAAGAGGCAGAGACUAUCGCCGGAGACGGAAUACGGAAACGACGGCGGCGAUAUGUUCGACGGUUUGCCCGACGAUCUUGUUCUCUCAAUCCUCGCCAAGCUUAGCUCAUCCGCUUCAUCGCCGUCGGAUUUCAUCAACGUCUUGAUAACAUGCAAGAGAUUUAACGGUUUAGCCCUUAAUCCGCAAGUUCUGGCGAAGGCUUCUCAGAAGACCUUCGCCAUUAAGGCGAAGAACUGGUCGGAAUCCGGUCACCGGUUUUUGAAGCUCUGCGCUGACGCCGGGAAUGUUGAAGCUUGUUAUACUCUGGGCAUGAUUCGGUUCUACUGUCUGCAAAAUCGCGGCAGCGGCGCGUCGCUGAUGGCCAAGGCGGCAAUCAGUUCUCACGCGCCGUCACUGUACUCUCUCGCAGUCAUCCAGUUCAACGGCAGCGGCGGUUCAAAGAGCGACAAGGACCUGCGAGCCGGAGUAGCUCUGUGCGCACGCGCCGCCUUCCUCGGCCACAUCGACGCCUUGCGCGAGCUCGGCCACUGCCUGCAAGAUGGCUACGGCGUCCGCCAGAACAUCGCCGAAGGACGGCGGUUCUUGGUACAGGCCAACGCGAGGGAGCUCGCGGCGGAGCUUUCCAACCCGAACAAUGGGCUCGCCACGCGCGCAUGGCUCACGUGGAACCCCCACGCGCAUCCCAACAACCACCACCGCGGAAGCGCAACCGCUGCCGUUGCCGCUGGCGGCGGUCCAGGGUGUCCGCUGCUGAGCGACUUCGGAUGUAACGUCCCGGCGCCGGAGGUUCACCCGGCCAGCAUGUUCAUGGCGGAGUGGUUCGCUGCAAAAGGCGGGGCGCCCGGUUCGGGGCUCCGGCUUUGUUCUCACUUCGGAUGCGGGCGGCCGGAGACACGUAAGCACGAGUUCCGGCGGUGCUCGGUCUGCGGGACGGUGAAUUAUUGCUCCAGAGCUUGCCAGGCUUUGGAUUGGAAGCUGAGGCAUAAGGCGGAGUGCGCCCCGGUGGAGCGGUGGGUGGAGGAGGACGGCGAAGGGAUGGACGUCGACGGCGGCGGCGGCGGCGGAGAUGGUAACGGUGACGGAAUGGGGGAUAGUUAGCCGGCUAGGAGUGUUAAAAAACGGGAUGGAGAGGCUAACGGAAGGUGACGGCAGGUGAAGUUUUUCUUUCUUUUUUGUGGCCUUGUCGGGGACGGUAGUAAGUAAACGGCGGGGAAGAAGGAGAUAAAGUAGAUGAUGAGGCCAUUCCUUAGUUGGAAAAUAUUAAGGAAAGUUUUUUAAAAAAAAAAGGAAAAAGAGAGAAAGGUUAGAAAGACAAAAAAGUCCUUUGUAAUUGUCGUAGAAGGGCAAAGUUGUUUGUUCCUCUUCGUUUGUAUAGAGGGGUAUAUCGGAGAAAACGAGAGGAAUUCUUUUUUCCAGUUUUCUCUCUUGCGGUAAUUUCUUCCCUUCCAAUUUCUACAAUUCUACUCCCCUUCCGUUUCUUUUUUUACCUCUCCACGGAGUACAAUAGAGUCAACACUCCCGCCCUAGGUCUGUGACCUCUUCAGAUUAGGAGUAAAAAAAUUGAACACUCGAAAACCAAUCUAUGGAAACCCGAAAAUAAACAUUUUCUAAUAUUCACAUUUUCAUUUGAUUUCCUCUCACAUAGUGGUAAUGUUAAUGAUAGAAGAAGAUUGGACCCGACUACAAACCCUAACGAUUCAGGCGAUCAUCGGUUCAAAUGCUUUGAUUUUGAGUUGCGUUCAUAGUAU